GUAAAUUUGUUCUCUCUAUACUAAUAAAAAAUGAAUAAAUCAGAGUGGAAAAUUCCUGCCGUGAUAGAUAAUGGUUCUGGGAUGUGUAAGGCUGGAUUUAGUGGCGAUCUAGCUCCUAUUUCCAUUUUUUCGUCAAUUGUUGGCCGACCCCGUCACAAGAGGUCGAUGAGAGCAUCAACCAUCGACUGCUAUGUUGGUGAAAUAGCCCAAAUAAAGCGUGGAAUACUUGCUUUAAAAUAUCCCAUAGAACAUGGCAUAAUCAACAACUGGUUGGACAUGGAGAAAAUCUGGGACCAUUGUUUUCAAAACGAAUUAAGAAUAUCUCCUAAUGAACAUCCAGUAUUGUUGACAGAAGCCCCAUUAAACCCAAAGGCUAAUCGAGAGAAAAUGGCAGAGAUCAUGUUUGAAACGUUCCGAGUCCCUGCCCUCCAUGUUGCAGUACAAGCUAUUCUAACGUUAUACGCUUCCGGAAGAACUACGGGCCUGGUUUUAGAUUCAGGAGAUGGUGUGUCUCACACUGCGCCUGUUUAUGAAGGAUACGUGAUUUCGCACGGGAUAAGCAGAUUAAACCUUGCUGGGAGAGACCUGACCGAGUAUUUGAUAAAACUGUUGCUGGAAAAGGACUACCAAUUUAUUUCAAGUGCAGAGAAAGAAGUUGUGCGUUCAAUGAAGGAAAAAAUGUGUUACGUAGCACACGACUAUGAGCAAGAGUUGAGCAAUUGUAAAACCAAAACAGUUGCAAAAUCGUAUGAACUUCCUGACGGUCAAGUUGUGACCCUGGGAGAGGAGAGGUUCCAAUGUCCAGAAGCAUUAUUUCAGCCAUCCAUGCUUGGUCUCGAAAUGCCUGGACUGGCAGAAACAACAUACAAUUCGAUUAUGAAAUGCGCUUUGGAUGUUCGCAAGGAACUUUUUGGGAACGUGGUUUUGAGCGGAGGAUCAACAAUGUAUCAAGGUUUGCCUGAUCGGCUUGAAAUCGAAAUGACGAAAUUGUCCCAAGACCCCAUCAAAGUGAAAGUAAUUGCACCACCGGAAAGGAAAUAUUCCGUAUGGGUUGGAGGCUCAAUCCUCGCAUCUUUGCCAACUUUUCAGGAAAAAUGGAUCACAAAAUCAGAGUAUGAAGAUUCAGGGGCGUCUAUUUUGCAUAGGUGACAUGGCAAGAAUAGCUGAUUUGAUAUUUAUGCAAUCUCUAUUAAUUCCAAUCGAUUUCUCAUGUGGCCCCAUGUUUACAUGUAUAUUUAUGUACAUACAUUGACUGUUUAGAUUGAUCAAUAAAAUGAGAUACUACAAAAUAAACCGA